CAGAGAGUGAGGAUGCAUAGCAGCAGUGAUAUGUGUCGAAUCAACACGGAUAACCACUUCUUUCGGCUGUGAUUGACAAAAGCCCGCUAAUACUUUGUUCAUUUAGUCCCAGGAGACCAUUUUUUAACCUUAAGCAGCCGGAUUUGAAUCUCAUCCGGACCGGGACUUUGCAGACGUUACGUUGGGACAAUGGAAUCCAACGUGAACAGUAUCCGCCCUCAGAGGCUACAGCCGGGGAUUGGAUUCGGUUCAGGACCGACCGGGACCCUCCGCUCAUCUCUCCGGCCUGGGGUAACCGUCCCCAUCGCACCGCUCCUUCCCUCCCCGGUGCUGCUGGCCGCCUCGUCCGGGCCUCCUCCUCCGCCGCCUCCGUUACAGCUCCACAGCCUGUACGGCGGAUUGGGAGCCGGGCUGGGGCCGGGGGCUGCCGGCCACUGUAACCCGGGGAACCCGGCGGUGCUGAAGGAGGCGGUGGAGGCUGUGGUCCGCAGCUUCGCCAAACACACACAAGGUUAUGGCAGAGUAAACGUGGUGGAGGCCUUACAGGAGUUUUGGCAGAUGAAGCUGACCAGAGGGGCCGACCUGAGGAACGGAGCUCUAGUCGUUUAUGAAAUGGUCCCAUCCAACAGCCCUCCUUACGUUUGCUAUGUGAGUCUUCCUGGAGGAAGCUGCUUCGGAAGUUUCCAGUUCUGUCCCACCAAAGCAGAGGCGAGACGCAGCGCUGCCAAGAUUGCCCUGAUGAACUCUGUUUUUAAUGAACAUCCUUCCCGCCGCAUCACAGAUGACUUCAUCGAGAAGAGCGUCAGUGAGGCGCUGGCCACCUUCAAUGGCAACAGAGAAGAGGCUGACAAUCCCAACACAGGAAUUGGAGCCUUUCGCUUCAUGCUCGAGUCCAACAAAGGAAAAUCCAUGCUGGAGUUUCAGGAGCUGAUGACUGUGUUCCAGCUGCUGCACUGGAACGGGAGUCUUAAAGCCAUGAGAGAACGACAGUGUUCCCGACAGGAGGUGCUGGCUCACUAUUCCCACCGGGCUCUGGACGACGACAUGCGCACUCAGAUGGCCGCCGACUGGGUGAACCGAGAGCAGAGCGUAGCGGGAACUAUCGGGCAAGAGGUGGCGUCCACAGAGCGAGAACUGGAGGACGCCAGGCUGGCGGGCAGAGAACUGCGAUUUUACAAAGAGAAGAAAGACAUCCUGAUGUUAGCUGUGGGUCAGCUCAGUGCAGCCAACACGGCCACCCUGCCCUCACACUAAAAAAAAAAAAACCACCGCCAUCUAUUGAGGAAAGAAGCUUUCACACUCUGUCGGAUUCCUGGUAACAGUAACAGUUACUACUUAUACAUAAAGGUGACUUGUCUGAACUUUUAGAUAUGUAUCUUGUGUUUGGGUUUGAGGACCAUUAGGCCUUCACUUACAGUGUGCACAUCAGUCCAUGGAACACAAACUUACAUCACCGCUCUAGCCGUUACCUCUUUGUGCCUAGUGAUUACAGGAUAACCACGCUUUCUUAAAAAAACAAAAGAAAAGAAAAACGCCCAUAAACAUGUUUGACAUACCAGCUGACUAAGGGGGUUUCAUACUUUUUUCAAUAUUUCUUACUUCAUUUACUCAAAGUAGACCUGCAGAAACAAAUCCUGCCUUUGAUCCGUGAAUGUACAGGAAAGAGAUCUUAACCAAACUGAUCUGAUCAAAAGUUUGGAUCAUUCUGAAGUUCAUUUCAACAUGAUUUAGACCAUUUUCAAGCGUAUAGCAUUUCAGAUCCUGGCAAAUGAAAGUUUAAAAAUGUAUGGGUCUUAAAACCUUAAUAAGAAGUACUCGGUGUGUGUGUGUGUGUGUGUGUGUGUGUGUGUGUGUGUGUGUGUGUGUGUGUGUGUGUGUGUGUGUGUG